AUGACAACUGUAAUGUUACUUGCAAUUGUUGGCAAUUUAUUUCUAAUUUUCAUUAUAUUUCGUGGAAAUGCUGUCAUGAAACGACGUAUCUCACCUGUUCAGCUUUUAUUAUUGCAUACAUGUGCAGCAGAUUUAUUAUUUGCAUUAUUAUCAUUGGGUACCGAAAUACUUAUCAUCCUACGACAUCCUGUAUUUGAUGGACCAGCCUGGCUUAUUUGUCGUCCAUUACAAACUUAUUGCAGUAAUCGUUAUCGUAGACCUAAUUAUUAUGCAAUAAUUGCAUGGAUUACUGCUUUAUUAUGUUCCAUACCUCAACUAUUUAUUUGGCAUAAAACUAAAUACGAUGAAUGUGCGACAAUUUAUGGACAUGGUGUGUCAUUUUUAAAAAGUAUUUAUGUGAUUAGUUUUAAUACAAUUGCUUGGUUAAUACCAUCUAUAUUAGCAGCAUUUUUUUAUUAUCAAGUAUGUAAAACAAUCUGGUUAUCAUAUCGUAAUCAACAAUUAUUAUCACAAAUGUAUGAUUCAUCAUUUGUAAAUAAUGGUUGCGAAAAAAAUUUCAGUCAAGAAACGAAAUCUUACAUUAUUAGAUUACACAAUGACUCACGACAUUGUCGUCAACAAUUGAUGAAAUUUAAUCGAGAACGAAUUCAAACGAUUUGUUUAACAAUGACAAUCAUUUUUUGUAAUUUUUUCCUAUGGGCACCAUUUUGUGUGGUCAAUGUUUUGCAAGCCAUCGUACCUCAUUUAUUGAGUAAUUCCAAAUUCUUCGUUUAUUUCAUUAAAAUUAGUUAA